AUGGUGGCGCAUCGAAGGACAUUAAUGGCCAGCCGGUUGCCAAAUUCAACCGAGGUAGUGGAGACGACGAAGAACAACGGGAAGAUGGAGCUCAGGAUCGGCACACUAAACUGCCACGGAUUGAGGACUGAUGAAAGGAAAUUGGAGCUGCUGGAAGAGCUGGAGAAGGUCAACAUCAACAUACUUGGCCUGACUGAGACAAGAAGCACGGGAAAGGGAUGUGACAGCAUAAAUGGGCAAUGGCUAUACUACUACUCUGGACAUAACUCGGAAGUGGGUGGAAGUGGCCGUGAAAACGCUGGUGUCGGAAUAUUGUUACCCAAAAUAAUGGAAAAGAUGGUCAUUGGCACGCGUUUCUACGAUGAAAGAAUCAUGGAAAUGGAGCUGGAAGUUGGAAGAAGAAGAAUUAGCUUGGUAGUAGCCUAUGCCCCUCAUUCUGGCAAGACAGUUGAAGGAUACAACCAGUUCAUCGACAAGGUUACGGAUCUGAUUCAAUUGGUGAAGAUGGAUGGAGUUAGAACAAAGAAACUUCUACUGGCGGGCGACUGGAAUGGAAAUGUUGGGUUUAAGCAGGAUGAUGCGGAGAAACUGGGGCAAUAUGGAUAUGGGGCCAGGAAUAGAAAUGGUCAACUACUCAUGGACUUUGCCGUUGAACAGAACCUGUGGGUUUUGAACACCUGCUUCAGGAAGAGAAUGGGUAGGAGGUGGACGUGGAAGUUGGCUGGAGCAAGGAACCCGACCAAAGUCAUGAUUGACAUGUUCCUAUCGGAAGACCUUGGGUGGAUAAGGGACGUGAGAGCUAUGGUGAUGGGAUUCAGUGAUCAUAAGCUGGUAAUGGCUAAGCUGGAGGUUAUGGCAAUGGUCGGACGGAACGGAACGGUAAAUAAGAAGGUUGGGGACAGAAGGAAGCUCAAAGUGGUGCUAGCGAACAAGAGGCAGGACCUGAACCGGAUUGAUGAUUUUGGAGCCUUGGUGGAGGAACAGAAAGUAAUAUUCAACGAAUGCGCUAAAUCCAAGGAAGUCUCAGCUAAAUUUGGGCCAUCAACGAUAGAAUGGAUGAGAAUUAGGUACGAGAAGAGAAUGCUGUACAAUGAAGGUGAAAUUGAAAAAAGGGGAGAUGAAAAACAUUGA